AUGACGUCGAGCUCAUCCCUUUCAUCGUCGUCUACUGGUACCACCACAACCUCGACGGCAUCCUCUGCCACGUUCGAGGAUGGUGCUGUUGUGACUGAUGCCAACGGUGUGCCAUAUACACUUUAUCAGGACUCCGAUACGGACGAUGCCGGAGGAGGAUCUUUCGAUACCAGAUACCUCGCUUCCCGGGAUUUUUCUACAUGUCAGGAUGUCUGUGACACUACCGAUGGUUGCGCAGCGUUCGUGUGGGCUCCCUAUCCAGAUGGUUUAGGUGCUGCUUGCUACCUCAAACAUGCGCCGCAGAGAGCCGUUCCUGGGAACGCAGGCUACAUCGCCGGCAUUCGUGUCGCUACCACAACAAGCUCAUCAACUGGGCCAUCUCAAACCUCUUCAAACCCAGCUGAUUCUUCCUCGACGGACACCUCAGCCACGCAAUCCAAUGGGUCUGGAUCUGCGUCCUCCGAUGCAGUGACAUAUUCAAGCGCGGGGAUGUCCAUGUCUUCAACUGACGCUUCGGCUUCGGUAUCGCCGACACCAUCGGGACCGCAAUGCCCCGCAGCAAACGGAACAACGUUCUCGGACGACAGCAACACCAAGUACAUGGUUUUAUGUGACACCAACACCUCCCCAGGUGCCUUCGCAGAUUCCGAGCAGCCGGACCUUGGAAGUUGCAUCAACGCCUGUACCGCAUACGGUCCUCCACAAUGUGUUGCGGUGACCUUCUUGGAGAACAGGUGUUAUCUCAAGGUUGAAUACCUUGGGACCUCAUCAGGACCGGGCACCAAUGCCGCUGUUCUACUAUCUGUCUUUGCUCCCGGCGAGUCCUCAAGCGCUUCCGGAAUGACGAGUCAAUCCAGCACCAUGAUGAUGGCAUCAACCUCCACUGUGGGAACUUGGAGCAUGGCAGGCUCUGCAUCAUCGGCUGCUGCUUCGUCCAGCCGUGCUUCGUCAGCCACAAUUCCGUCAAGCACAGUCAGUACUGCCAACGGCCAGGGUUCGUCUGCAUCCUCAUCAACAAGCUCGCAGCAAACCUCUGGGCGCUCUUCAACGAUAUCAGGCUCCACGGCUUCUCAGUCAAGCAGCGCCGUCUCUUCGGGAACGAGCAGCGGCAGGUCAUCGACCUCAUCCGCACCGGCAGCUUCAUCUACCACUGGUGGUGUUGCAUCUUCAAGCACAGCGGGCUCAGGAAGUUCUUCUACACGGGCAGGAUUAUCCUCGGCCGGGUCUUCGUCGGCAGUAUCAUCAAGUUCGCCGGGCGCUCUCGCUCCGUCCAGCGCAACCAAUGCCGGAGCCAGCUCAUCAUUAGCAGCGGCCUCAUCUAGCGCAGCUGACAACCAAAGCCCAUCGGUCACUCCUGCACCUGACCAGAGCACUCCUUCGUCCAUGUUGAGCUCGCUCUCUUCCACAAGUACCUUGCCCGCUUGUCCCUCGCAAUCCUGCGGCGCUCAGCACACAAGCGGCGCCGCCUGCACUGAUCCUUACGGCAAUGCCUUCAACGUUACUUGCGGAACAGUCUACACCGGCACCAUCACGAUGCGCGCUGUCAGGCCAAACGUCGGAUCUUGCUUGACGCUUUGCGACACCACCCCGGGGUGUGUGGCUAUCAACUACAUUGGCACCCAGUGUCAGAUUCUGUCUGAGGUUACUGGAAAUACCACGGUUCCCGGAGAUACUGGCGUCGCAGCGACGAGACCGCCGGAUGUGAGCACAGUGUAUACUACACCCCCGGCCACGAGCUCGAUGCCGCCCAUGACCUCCCCUGUGUCCAACGGAGCUACCACAACUGGUGGCGCCGGCGGUAUGUCUUCGGACGAUGCCGGACCUCCGGGUGGCUAUCCGGUGACCACAGGAAGCAACGGACAGCCUACUCCAGCAUCAAACUCUGGUGGAAGCGGCCCUGGGUCGUCCAGUAUGCCUUCCGGAGGUGGUGCAGGGCCUGUCUCAGGCGGCAACAGUGGUGUCGUCAGCAAUGGCUCGCCAUCUUCCUCUGGAGCCAACAGUGGCUCGGGCCAAGGUUCCAGUUUGACGAGCGUGAUUGGAAGCAACACUUUGCCGUCCGCUUCGGGAGGUGCACCUACGAACGGCGGGCCUGGGCCUGUUGACGGAGGAGGCUACAGUGGCAUCACAAGCGGUGUCACGCCCACCCCUGCUAGUAGUGGAGCAUCUGUCAGCAUUACCGGUGGCAAUGCCGCAACUUCUUCUGCGGGCAACGGAGGAGCCUCUGGAGGCGAUAGCGGUGGCAUGAGUGGUGGUUCUCAGGCUACCAAUGUCGCCAGCUCAGGAGGUCAAGGGUCUGUUCCAGUUUCUGGAGGCAACUCUGGCAGCGUUACAAAUGGUUCACCUUCACAAACUGCCGGCAGUGGAGGUCCAGGCCCCGUCUCGGGAGGCAAUAGCGGAGUUGUCAGCGCACCAACAUCCUCCGCGUCCCCCGGCUCGAACAACGGCGGUAGUCCUGGCGGAUAUCCCUCCGGAGGACAGGCUUCUUCAAGCCCAGGUGGGAACGGUGGCUCGCCUUCGCAGACCGGAGGAUCCAGCCCACCAGCUUCCACUGGUCCGGUAUGUCCCAACUACGAUGGUGAGCAAUACAUCGACCAGCAAGGCACAACCUAUAAUGUCCGCUGCGACACCCAGUUCUCCGGGACGAUCAUCGCUGCCACGAACUCCACCGCGCCGCGUCUCGCAAUGCGGCAGGCUCGAGGUAUCACUGCUAAGACGUGUAUGGAAUACUGCGACGCGAACCCGCGCUGCGUUGCCAUCAACUUGGACUGUGUCGGAACGUGCACAUUGCUCGGCGAUGUCACGAGCAUCAACCAGAACGCCAACUGUGGUGUUGCAGCGAGGAAGGUCAGGGGAAGCGGUAGUGCUGGUGGCGGCGGUGGUGGCGGCGGUGGUGGGAAUGGCAACGGUGGUGUGGUAGUCAUCACGAAGACGACACACCAAGACAACUACGCUGUCGCUCACGAGGACGAAGACGACGUGUCCGGCGGGACAGUGUACGGCGCAUGA